ACUGUAAAGGAACGUGGAAGAUUCUCAAACCCACCAAUCUCUUUGGCGCAGUAAUGCCAAGUGUUCGUAAUCCGCGGGCAACACAGAUCAAUAAUACUAUUUUCGUUUUCGGUGACACAUUAGCAUGUACUGACUACAUAAUGGCACUGGAUAUCUCCCGAUACUUAGACAACGGUACAAUUCGAAUCAACCAAGUCUCCGUACAGCCAUGUCUGUCUAAGAGAACAGGUUUCGCUAGUGUUCAGUACAACAAGAAUGGCAUACUAUUGUUCGGUGGUUGGACUGCCAACGCUCAACCAGAUACGAUUGCACAGCUUAUCCUUCUGAAUACUUCCAAUCUGCAAUCGAAAGGAAGGGUGAUGCCCCUUAUCGACCAUACAAAUGUAGUCAGCAUCUUUAAUCACCAUAUCGUGAGAGGGCAGCGUCUCUAUGUAUUCUCGGGAUUGACAAUCACCAGACAGCAAGAAAGGUAUCUAACGAUUGAGACCGAGCUCUGUCCGAUGGGGUACGAGCUGCAUAAGGAUAAGACAUGUCAACCCUGUCCGCAUGGUUUCUUUUCUUCAACUCUACAUGACAGAUGCGAGCCGUGUCCUAAUUUCACAACGACAGAGACUGUAGGAUCGAGCUCCUGCAUUGCAUUAUCUCCGUGCCAUUCCCAGUAUUGCCAUCAGCACGGGGUGUGCAUCGUGACCGACGUCAGCGCCAGCUGCCAUUGCAACUUUGGUUACGUGUCGUAUGACAACUGUAGACUACCACUGGUGAGCUUGGCCAUUGCAUCCGCUAUUCUGCUCCUCGUCUCUUUCAUUGCUCUUGCUCUACGAAAAUACCACACGAGAAACCAGCUACUCAAGCUCAAGGAGAGAGAGCUGCAGGACAAACACAAGAGUAUGCGACUGUAUCAGAAGAAGCUAGACCAGAUCAACAUCGGAGCAAGAAUACGCUGGUCAUCGCUGAACCUCACCAAGAAACUGGCCAGGGGAGCAUUCUCGCAAGUGUGGCUAGCCGAGCUCAGCGACAUGUUAGUAGCUGUGAAAGUACUCCCUAAAUACACUGGUAGAAAUCCCUCGCAGACAGACCAGUUCGUCCAGGAAGCUGAGGUCCUGCGUUCAAUUCGUCACCCCAACAUCGUCAUCUUCUUGGGAGCUGGCACAAAUAAUUCCAGCAAAAGACCGUUUAUCGUAAUGGAGUACUUGCGGCGAGGUUCUCUCCACAAUGUACUCCACGAUGGCGGGAACGUGUUCACACCCCACGAUCAUCUGAGAUUUGCCCUGGACACAGCCCGAGGCAUGACGUACCUGCACGAAUCCAACCCGCCACGCCUGCACCGAGACCUGAAAUCUCCCAACCUUCUAGUCAGCGACAAGUGGGUGGUGAAAAUCGGCGAUCUUGGCAACUCGCGAUUUAUGGCCAUUAUGGAUGAGGAGAAGGCGACAGCAGCGAACAGCACCAGUACCAGCGCCUCUCAAACUGCCCUGACGCAGUCAUCAAACGCGGCUGCGGGCGCGGAGUCCGUAGGCGAAAGCCCCAGAGAAAAUGUGCUUACUAGUAUCGAGCCUCAAUGUUCCGGAGCAGAACUUGACAGACGUGAUUCCAAGAGCUCGCUUGCACUAUCAGGAAGCCAGGAGACCAGUCUGUCAACGCCUCUACUCACCGACGUCUCCACAAACCAUGGAGAGACGUAUCAGCGCUAUUCGGCAUCAGUGAUGACUCGCGGUGUGGGGACUCUGCGCUGGAAAUCACCGGAGUCAGUACGUGGCGAGCAUUACAACGAGAAAGCCGAUAUCUACAGCUAUGGCGUUGUGCUUUGGGAGAUCUUCACCAGGCAAACGCCAUACGGACAUCUAAAGCGUGAGACGGACGUAGAGAAGGCAAUAGAGAAUGGUCACCAGCUGCCUAUUCCACCAGGUAUGCCCUAUGACUAUCGUCAUCUGGUCGAGGCCAGCUUGAGACCAGAAGCGCCCAACCGUCCAUGCUUCAGUGAGAUACUCCAUGAUCUGGAAGUUCAACAAGUGAAUGCUUGACCAUCUUAUCUCUCAGUACAGCGCAGUGCGUAACACUGCCCCUGCACUUAGUCACAAAGAAAUGUUGCAUGCCCUUUCUGGCUGGUGCAGCUCGUCUACCCGUGACUGGGUUCGCGACUUUAUAUCUGGUCGAUUCCCGCGUGUUCGUGUCGGCGAGUCGGUUUCAAUGCCUUCUCCCUCAUCUGCCACAGUUCCCCAAGGUUCACAGUCAUAUUACUCCACUUUUAUCUAGCAUGAGCAUAGAUUCCCUCGUCAGUGUACCCUAUAGUGGUGGAAUGACUCUAUUUGCUGACAAUUCCAAUCUUCUCUGCUGCUCCGUGCCUGACGCGUCCAGAUCGAUACACACUGCAUCCCUCCAAUCUGAUCUAGACCGCUGUCUGCCCUGGUCUAGUGACAUAUCAGCUGUACCCCCACUAUGUGUUAAUAUCAUCUUUGCCCCAACCACAGCUACUUCUGGGACCGUUUCCAUGAACAGCGAUAGUCUCCCUAUCUACCAUUAUAUCGGUGUCCUAUUUUCAUCCACUUUUGAAUUUUUCUGAUCAUAUUGCCUUUUAAAUUUCGUUCUCGUGUUUUUCUCCUUCGAAAUAUCUUGCAUUUCCUCCCACUUUCCACUAUCAGUGUCACAAGUUUAUACUAGUGUUAUGUCCGACCCCUCCUGGAGAAUGCCAUGCCGGUUUGGAAGUACUCGAUGAGUAGAAGUUUUGCUUCCAUACUCGAUAAACUUCAAACCACGGCCGCUGGGUCAAACUUGUCCUGCGUUUAAAAGUCGAUAAAUCGCUGCACUCUCUUCUGCAAAUCCUCCUACUUGUACUCUCAAUUUUUACACUCCUUUGAAAGCUAUGAUGUCAAGAGGUGUGGCACGUCCAAGCUAGCCUUUCUGCGCCUGCUACUACAAUUAUGGCCUCCUUAUACCCAGAGAAACUUCCUAUUAAAGUCGUUUGUGUUUCUCAACACAAUUGUACAACC